GGCCGCUUUCGACCAUGUGAUCAAAACAGAAUCAUGGCGGCCGCAGCUGCAGUCCGGUCGAGCAUGGGGCUGACUUUGAGACUUUCUCGAGUUAUACCAGACUGUAGCACAUGUCCCCUGUACAAGUCGAAGAGCUGUGUGAACAGCGUAGCUAAUCUACAGAGGAGGAGUUCCUUUGAUAGCUUUCGGACGAUAAACCGACAUUUACAGACGAGUAUAGGUCUUUAUCACAGCGACGAGGGAAGCUCCAAUGCAGAGGACCCAGAAGAUGUGGUGAAUGUGGUGUAUAUAGAUCGAUCUGGCCAGAGGAUCCCAGUUAAAGCCAAAGUGGGAGAUAAUGUUCUGUAUCUGGCUCACAAGCAUGGAAUUGAUCUCGAAGGAGCCUGUGAGGCAUCGUUGGCCUGCUCAACCUGUCAUGUCUACGUCAGCGCUGCCCAUUUUGACAAACUGCCAGAACCUGCUGAGCGGGAGGAUGACAUGCUGGACAUGGCGCCCAUGCUUCAGGAGAAUUCCCGGCUGGGAUGUCAGAUCAUUCUCACCCCAGAGCUGGAUGGCAUUGAGCUCACUUUGCCCAAAGUCACCAGGAACUUCUAUGUGGACGGCCAUGUUCCCAAACCUCACUGAGAAGAGACACAAAUUAUGAAGAGGGGGGGGGGCCUGGAGAAAAAUGUGAGGGUGUCGCUGCGAGCUACACACUGUGUGUGCUGGUUGAGUAAAGGGGCGACCAUGAAGAGAUGCACUGCUUGGACGGUAGAGUCCUUAGCAACUCCCAAGACAUUUUACUGACUGACAAAUUCCACAGUUAACCAGUGACAUGACAGGCCUGCAGAUGAGAGCAUGCAUAGUCAGACACUAGGAGUCUCACUGAAGGUGAAAUUAAUGGUUACUUCCAAAAGAAAAACUGUGAUGGUUAAGCUGAUAAUGUAUUUAUUUAUGUGGAGCGUUCUCAGGCCUGAAUUAAGACACCAUUCACUGGAACAUUCCUUGUUACAGCUCAUAUACGCACAAGUAUCACAAAAUGAUGUUCUCAGUCAUUUUUGCCAGUCCAUCAUUUCCACCCUGAUUCACCUGUCAGAUAUUAUAUGUAUAGCAUUUACUUUCAUUUUUAUGUACCAAGUUCAUUUGUAGGUGUUGUGAUGACUUAUCAGUAAGUGCACACUGACAAUAGUUAGCUUCAUAAACCUCAAGAGUUUUCUUCUGCAUGGUACUGAAGCCAGAAGAAGCAGCCAUACAGUAUAUUAUAAUGAAGUGUAUCUGAAAGACAAAAGUUGCCUGAACUGUAAAGGGUGGGCUGUGAACAAAUCAGAAUCUAGAUUGUUGAAACUUGCAUUUUAUUCACAACAAACAUUUCAAAGACGUAUUCAGGUGAAUCGUGCUUCAAAUGUCAGAUGAGAAGGGCAUUUUUAAAAGCACCUCCUGUCUGGUGCCAGCGAUUAUGUCUUGAUUAGUAGAUCUGGUUCAGGUGUGCUCUGAUCCAGAUCAGUUUGGAGGUGGAGAUGAGUCUGUUUGGAAGCUGGUGGGCUUCAGUUACCAUGGGAUGAGUUUACCACAUCUACCGUUUAUUUGUUAAGUCUACUGUACUUGUCCUUACGCACAAAUGCAAGUGUAUAUUAUGUCUUAGCAAUUACAAAUAUUUAAAGUUGUGCAAUAAAAUCAGUUUUAAAAAGCA